GUAUAAUUUUAUGAUUAAGUGUAAAGUGAUAGUAGUAUGUUUAACAUUGGUAGUUAGAUGUGAAAACCAAUGAUAUGCUUAUUCAGCAGCUACUGGGUUGUGGUGUCACUUUGUGUUUUAAAAAUGGGUUGUAACAUAGAGAAAAGAUGGGGGCAGAGACCAAUGAUGAAUUCAUCAUAUAAACCUGCAUGCUAAUCUUCAUCCAUGUGUGUGAUACAGUCAAUGCUGUUUUAGAGUGCAAGUCGUUUGGUAUUGUUAAGUUUGAGAUGGCUACAGAAUGUGGGGACAACAGAAUAUAAUUGAAAGAUUGCAAACUGUCGUCUGCCAAUAGAAAGAUUUCAGAAGUUGGACAUCUGUUUAGUAUUUUAUAAUUGGAUACUGUAAAGUUAUAAGGACAAUUGAAAGUGCAUAUUGGGAAAAAAUUUUAGUGUUGAAUUAAAUUAUGUUGUUUAAUCAAAGGAAUUAUUUCUCAUUCAUAUUUAGUUGAGGUAGGUUUUAAAUUGUCUUAGCAUCGCAGAGAAAACUAUCAGCUAUUAAGGAACUACAGACUAUGCCGACAGUAACAGACUGCAUCAGACUACAACAUUUUUUUAUUCUAAUGUAACAUUUACAUUUCUAUAGUGAUAAGAACAACAAUUUUAUACAAUAAUUUCAAAGCAUUACCGGCAGAUCCUAAAAUAGGAAGAUUCAUCAAAUAUUGGAUUCAACUCAAACAAAAUUGUAUAUAAAUAGAUAUCAGAACCUGCAAGCUUUGCAAUAUUUAAAGUUCAUUCCACAGAUUUUACUGUCAUCUAUUUCUUGUACUUUUUGAAAACAUCACAAUGAAAUUUGGUCAACUUAUCUUUAUUACACACCUAUGUGUAGUACUGAAUAUGAAAGUGGACAAAGUUAGUUCACUAAAAACAAAGAAAACAAUUAAAACAAAGCGUUGCAGAUACGUGUUUGUGGUCAAAGAAAUGGACACAUCUAGUUGUCCGAAUGAGAUUACAAGCCAACGUCCAAUUGACAAUGAGGUUAUCACCGAGGACUUUAGAAAUGACAUGCAUCCUCGAAAACCUCUUUUCAAAGGAGGUUCAAAUGAUAUAGAGGAUUUAAAUAAUCGUCUCCAAAACAUGGAACAAGAACUGGAUCAUGAAAAACAGAAGAAUAGCAAUUUAAAUGUGACAAUUUCUAAACAAGAAAUGACAUUACAAAAUAUGUACAGAUUUAUUAACAAUAUGAAGAUCGAUCAACAUAAACAAAAACAAAAAUAUAAUGAACUGGAAAAGAAAUUCAUUGGCAUGGAAUUAGAUGUUGCAGAAGUGAAUAAUGUACUAACUAAAAGGGGGACCUUAUCAGAAGUUUCUACUGGAGAAACACAGAAAGAAAUUCCCGUACAAAGUGCAGCAAAAACACACAGCUGUGCUAUGACAAAUCCAGACACAACAUUUCAAGACUGUCAAGAGGUUUACGAGAAAGGAUAUAAGACUAGUGGAAUUUACCAUAUAACACCCCUUUAUUCUUCCUGUUCCAUUCCUGUCUGGUGUGAUAUGGACACACCUCCUGGAGGAUGGUUAGUUAUACAAAAACGAUUCAACGGAAAAGUAGAUUUUAACUUGUUUUGGAAAGAAUAUCGUGAGGGUUUUGGCAAUAUUGCAUCUGAAUAUUGGAUUGGAUUAGAUAAUAUGUUUCUGCUUACGAAUCAAGGACAUUAUGAACUUCGAAUAGAUCUAUGGGACUUUGACGACAACAAAGUUUAUGCCUCGUACGAAAGUUUUAAAAUAGACGGAGAACGUGAUCAGUAUCGAUUGGAAGUGCGAGGAUACAAGGGAAGUGCUCGGGAUAGCUUGAUGCAUCAUAACAAUAUGAAAUUUAGUACAGUUGACAGCGACAACGAUAAAUAUCCAAAUUAUAGUUGUGCCAGAGAGUGGCAGUGUGGCUGGUGGUUUAAUGCAUGCUACUUUACUAUACUGAAUGGAAAAUAUUCUAAUAUUUCAAAUCCCUCAGAUCGAACUAUUGCUUGGAACGAGUGGAAACCAAAGCAAUUAGCAAAAACUGAAAUGAAAAUAAGACCAAGUAGAACAUAUAAGAAUUAUAAACGCAGAGGUUAAAAAAAUAAAUGCUCAAUGAUUUUUUACUAUUAUUUAUUACAGCUAAAUUUUUACAAUAUUUUUUUUCAAUUUAUACAUGUACAUUUUUUAAUGAUUUGAGCUUAAUCAAAAUAAGCAAGAAAUUAGCUUGCUAUAAUACAAAUAGGAGCAGCUAAAUGUAGAUUUAGAUGGAUUAAUGGCCAGUUUAUUAAAACAACUCAAUAUAAAGGUAAACAGGUACACUACAUUUAGAUAUAAAACAUCACUAGAACUGCAGAUAAAAUUUAUAGUACAAAACAUAAAAUUUAAUCUUUCUUUAAAUAUUCAAACAUACUAAACAUCUACAUCAUGAUAUCUUAAUUCAUAAAUAUCAUUACUUAUAUCAUUGUUUCAUGUUGUAAUUUUGUAUAGAAUUUGUCUAUAAUGCUAGGACUGAUAGUCGGCAAUCUAUUUUUAGAAUUGUCAAGCUGUGAUUUUCAUGAUAAGAGAUAAGAAGCAUUUUAAUCAUUUAAAAUUCCUUUACAUAAUAUUUCAAGGUUUUCUUUAUAUAACAAAACUUUACAAGACGAGCAAAAAUGCAGACUUUUAGCUGUGUUAAUAACAAUUUAACUCUUUCUUUGCUGGUCUAAAUGAAAUGGCCACUCUGUUUUAGGGGAUGGCUAUUAGCUUUUGAGCCUUUCCAUAUAUGCAAUGGGUUUUUUAACAUGUAUAUGGCAAGUGGUUAAGUUGUUCAAAUAAGAUGGAUUUUGAACUGAAACUUUUUAUUUUUUUUCCUAAAAUCAGUGAAAUUUUUAAAGUCAGCAAUAGAAAAAAUGUUUGGUUAUGACUCCCUAAACUAUAUCCUCAUAAUAUUGACAAAUGAUAGAAAUCCUCAUUAAUGAGAAUGGAAGGAACUGUAAUUUCCAAGCAUUAAUAUCGCACAUUACAUAAUACAUACACUUCAUAGAGCAUAAUACACUUCAAAGGGCAUAAUACACUUCAAAGGGCAUAGUAGACCUCAAACGUCAGUUGUGAUGGCAGUGAUGCUAAUGAAAAAGGAAAAUCUAUCAAGUCUAUGCUUGAUUUUCAAAUAGUGUUUCAGUUUAUACUUUCAAUGUGUUCCUUUUUUCAGGGUCUUAUAAUCAAGUAAACAGCUAGCAUUAGAUGUCUGCCUUCCAAUUAACCAUUGUCAACAAUAUACUCUGAAGACAUUGUGUCAAAUAGAAAAAAUAAUUCAGUCCAAACAUCAUUAAUAUUUUCUUUAUCAAGAAGAAAAUAAAGCAAUGUGAAGUUCACUUAUUCAAUUUAAACUUUAAAUAAAAAGAGAUCAAAUCUAUCAGGUCUGGACAAAAGGAAACAUUUUCUCCAAAUCUAGUUGUUCACCCCUUAUGCCACACAAACCUAAAUUCUGUCCAAAUAAAUUAAACCAAUAAAAGUGCCUCACCUGGAAUCAGCUGAUGAUAUAUACUGGUACCAUCAUAAUUUCACAAAGGCACAUAAAUUCAAAGAUAAAAAAAAUGAUUUAAGGGGAGAUAAGUGAUGCUAUGUUAUUAAAUAUGAAAAGAAAGAAAGGCAUUUAUGGGUUCUUUUGUUUCAAAGAACACUUUUAGGAAAAUAUCAUAGGUUACUUGUAAACCAUUAACUGUGUUACAAUUUGUUCAAACAAUUUUAGUAAAAGUAAGCACAGAGAAAUCACUUUUCACAGUUUCUUUGCAAAUAUGUCCACGAAUGCACUCAAAAUAAAUGAGGCAAUCCAUCCUUUCUGUCACUAAGGUAUGUUUGAAAGCCAGGUCUGUGUUUUACAAAAUAAAUUAAAACUAAAAUUUAACUUACAAGCUGGGAAUCUACAUUAACAUCAAUUUUCAAACACUUCAAUAUAAUCUAUUUCAUAUGAUUUCCAGUUAUUUUAUUUUUUGUUUAAGUUAAUGGUUGUUAUUGAAAAAAGUAGUUAUAAGAUUUUCACAGAGAUAUUUUAAUUAUUUCAUUUAAAGCCAGUAUGUGUUUGAAAAUUUCUUUUCAUGCAGAAUGUACUAAAAGGUGAAGAAAUAAAGAUAACAAAUCUCAUUUAACAGAUUAUCAAUUUUGUUUCAUUUUUCAUUACUCUUCAGUUAUUCCAAAUCAUUAUCAUAAUUAUUGAAAUGCCAUUAUGAAGUUGAUUAAAAUCUUACACAAAACUUUUAAAUUUUGACAUUUAUUUUCAUAUAAUCGCUUUAGAUGUAAAAGCUUAUUUUAACUAUUAUGGCUGGUUAUUAAAAAUCAGUUUCUUCUUUAUAUUUUUAUUGUGAUAAAGAAGAUGCUGAUACCACAAAUAAAAUGUUGCCAGAAAUAAAAUGUUAUUUACUACAAA